AUGAGCGCCUCUGGCUCGAGUGGCUUGGGCGGAUGGUCGUCGCUCAUCCCACCCGGCGCUGAGUGGAUCGAGCCCAACUAUGACCAGAUCCUCAAGAGUGUCGCCGCAGGACAGUCGCCCUACCUCGUGAUCAUUAACAUAGUUCGGAAUCUUUACCAUCCGACCGUGCCAGCCGGCUUCACGGGACAGCUGUACUUCUUGCUUGGGCUCUUCGCGAUACACACGCUCACUCUGGUUCUUGGACUCGCCAUUCGCCUCGCCCAAGGGCGACUAUGGUUCUUCACUCGGCUCGACAGAACCGUCGUCCUGCCGAACACCUCGACCUUGUACGCGUUUUGCGCCACCGUCUACGCCGCUCUCGGCAUCGUCCUCAUCGUCGCCUCGAUCGACAUCUCGCGAGGAGGCGAUUUGCCAAGAUGGUACCAAGGAAUGCGGGCGUCCUGGUUCGGCUGCCUCUGGGUUGGCGCUUACUUCGAGAUUUGGUCGACGCUGUGCGGAUGGUACAUCCGCAAGAAAGGCGCCUUCUACAAGGAGUCACGCGUCAAGACGGUGCUCGCCAUCCUCAUCCCCCUCGCCGUUCUCGUCAUCGCCUGGGUCCCGCCUCUCGUCAUUUUCUACUUCUCCAUCCACGCCUACAACCACUCUUUCGUCGUCGCUGGAGAGAUCGUCGACAUGCUCGAGGAGUGGCAGAAGACGUGGACGCCUGCCAAAGGCCUCGAAAUCGACAAGCUGGCGAUGCUCUUCGCACCUGGGUCGGAGCUCGGUUACGACUUCACAAAAAGCUCGCACCUGACGCGGACUGGAUACGCCUAUGUCGCAGGCAUACUCCUCGCAACGUUUGCCAUUUACCUCGUCGGCGUCUGGCUCGAGGUGGCGCAUCUCUCGCAGACGGUCUCUGACCUUCGCACACAAGCUAGAGAAGCCGUCUACAAGCGCAACAGAGGAGCCCGGCCAAGCGACCUGACCGGCAAGACGAACGAGCGCUCCGACUCUUCCGCAUCGACGCCUUCUUUGUCGACUCGGAUCGCCCGACAACUCGAUGAAGAGCAGUUCGCCCACGAUGGGCGGACCGAGGCGACGCAGCACCCUUGGACGUUGCUGGCUUGGGUGCGAAGAAAUCGUCUUUACUCGGCAGGGUGCAUUGCGACGAUGCUCCUCGUCAACGCCGGCAUCGACUUGUGGCAGGCGACGACGCGCGUCGACCUGCGUUAUCCGUCGGGACAGUUUAUCGUAGAGAUCCUGAUCUCCUGCUGGAUGAACGGCAUCCUUUCGACCGCUGUCGCUCUCCUCCUCCUUUUCCGCUCUCUCGACGCCUCGACUUCGCCUUUCCUCACCCUCCUCCGCCACCGUCUCCCCUUCCUCCCUUUCCCUCCCCCUCCCGCCGUCACCUGCUCGAACGCAACUCGCUCACUCAUCACGACUGAACCGCCUCGCUACGCCGCAGCGUACGCGACAGGCUCUGUUCCUCUCGUCGAGCGCACGACGACGAGGUCGUUCAACGAUGCGGCGGAGGGAGAGACGCCUCUGCCGGUCAUGCUGUCGGAGCGGGGUCGGAAGGAGAGUGAAUGGGAUGACCACGAGCAGGAGAAGCAGGGGGCGUGGAGCGCAAUUGCGGAUAGCAGUGCACCUUCGAGUCCUCAUGCGAUGUGA